UCAGAGAGCGAGGCGUAAUCUGGGAAGAUGGCAGACGAGGAGGGCUCGGGGCCGGAGGCAGCGUCCGCCUCUGUCUCCCCCCCGGAGAGCCCGCACGCCGCCCGGCCUCACUACGUCUCUUUCUCGGAGAGCGUGCAGCCGGCCGUAGGCAUGGUGAGCCAGCUGCUAACCCAGCCGUCCUCCCUCAAAUUUGACAAGAACAUCAAGCAGGCCUUCUACAACACCGGGGCCAUGAUCUUCGUGGCUAUCUGUUGCGGUGCAGCUGUUCUGGUGUACUUUAUCUUAGAGGCUUUCCUCCGCCCGCUGCUGUGGGCUGUGCUCUGUGGCACCUUCCUUCACCCUUUUAAAUACUCGCUCGCCCGGCUCGGCCGCUCCUGGCUCAGCGGCCUGCAGGACACCGGGACGCCCAUCGUUGUGGGCACCCUGCUGGUCCCCGUGUGGUGUGUGAACCACAGCGUGGACGCGAUGGGCAGGCUGGUGCUGGAGAAGCUCACGGUGCUGCUGGUGAUCGGGGCCGGCGCACCGCUGCUCUACUUCCUCUACCUGUUCUGGAGCGUCAUAGGAAUGCAGGUGAUCCUCGGGCACGUCUGUGGCAUCAUCGGGGCCGCGCUUGAUUGCUUCAACGCCGUGUGGGUCUGCACUGUGGUGGUGGGCUACAUUUUGGCUGUAGCUUUCAAGUGGAGUCCCAGCACUGAGUGCUACCUGAGGACUCUGUCUGUUCCUGUCUGGGCUGUCCUGCUCUUCUACCUGGUGUCUCUCACCGGCUCUUGGAGAGUGCCCAUAUUUGUUGUUGUCGUUAUCCUGCUCAUUGUGGGUUCCCAAGAGAAGCCACCAGUCCCUGGCAAAGGAGAGCUGUCAGGUCAGGUGCUGUCAUUCGCUGCUAACACUAUCUAUAUGGCCAUCUCCUGUAGCAACCUGCGACUGAAAAGUGAGGCCAGCGAAAACUCUUCCACAGAUGGCGUGAACUCUGCUGGUCCCGCUCCAAUCCCUGUCACCCCAGGGUUCCCUAGCGGCUCUCGGCCCAUGCCAGCUGGCCUCUUCCAGAAAGAAAAGAGCUCGCAAAGGGCCAGCGAUAUCUACUUCAUACUACUAGUCUGGGCCAUAGUGGUAGUUCAGGUCUGGCUCAACCUCUGGAUCCUGCAGCUGCUGCCAAUCCCUGUGGCUGUUUGGGUGAUGAAGAAGCUGGUGGUCCACUUUGGUGUGAAGAGCUUUGCAGAGCGCACCCUUGCCUCGUGGUGGACGGUGCUCGAGAAGUUUGGACGUGAGCGAGAGGAGGCCCUGCUGCCCGGACCAAUCAGAGGCCUGGCUCAGUUCCUGCUGCGCGUCGAUACGAAGCUCUGGCAUUGGCUUAACAAGCAGAUGAUUGUGUGGUUGGAGCGAUCCCUGGAUAAAAUCAUCAGCAUCUUCAUCAUCUUCCUCCUGGUCACAGGGACACUGCUCAUGGCUCUGCUGCUCACUGCUAUGGUUCAUCAUGAGAGUGUUCACAUCAUCGAGGUGACCAGUAACCUCAUCAAUGAGACUGUGUCUAACCACCCAGAAUGGGCCAAUUGGCUACCAGAGGCCCGUGUGGUCCAAAAGGCUCUGAACUCAGCUGCUACUAAUGUCUAUCAGCAUGGGAGAGAAUGGAUAACUCAGAAGCUUCAUAAGAUGUUAGGAGACAAGGUGAACCACACCGCAGUCAUUGAGAAGCAGGUGUUGGAGCUUUGGGACAGACUGUACCACUCCUGGUUUGUUAAGAAUGUGACCCACGCUGGACGCCAUCGAGGUCAGAAGAUGAUGACUCAGAGACAGAACAGCUGGCUGGGCGACAUUCUGGACUGGCAGGACAUCGCCUCUUUUGUACAGGACAACAUUGAGACGCUCCUGUCUAUCCUGGAGUCUCUGUGGGUGGUCAUGAGCAGGAAUGUCGGCCUUCUCAUCUCCACGACGACCACUCUGCUCACCGUCUUGUUCCACAGCGGCACGGCUCUGCUCAACUUUGCCCUGAGUCUGGUGAUCUUCCUGACCACUCUCUUCUACCUGCUGAGCUCCAGUGGAGAAUACUACAAACCUGUAAAAUGGGUCAUCAGCCUGACACCCCUGUCCCAGCCUGGACCUUCCUCCAAUAUCAUUGGCCAAUCUGUAGAGGAGGCCAUCAGAGGAGUGUUUGACGCCUCUUUGAAGAUGGCUGGCUUCUACGGCCUCUACACUUGGCUCACACACACCAUCUUUGGCAUCAACAUCGUCUUCAUCCCUUCUGCGCUGGCUGCCAUCCUGGGUGCGGUGCCGUUCUUGGGGACCUACUGGGCAGCGGUGCCAGCUGUGUGUGAUCUGUGGCUGGCACAGGGAGAGGGCGUCAAGGCCCUGCUGCUGCUCGUCUGCCAUCUGCUUCCAACCUACUUUGUAGACACAGCCAUCUACUCUGAUAUCUCCGGGGGUGGGCACCCGUAUCUGACAGGUCUAGCUGUGGCAGGCGGAGCGUACUAUUUGGGUCUGGAGGGGGCCAUCAUUGGGCCGAUUCUGCUUUGCAUCCUGGUGGUGGCAGCCAACAUCUACAGUGCCAUGCUGAUGAGCCCCAGCUCUGCUGUGCCCACGCCUGUUCAGUCGUCCUGGCCUCUCCACCCCGUCAGGUCCUUUGCAGACUCCACGCCUGUGCUGAAGAAGGCCAGUGAGUGAGAAAAAGAGGGUGUGGCUCUGUGAAACGUCUUCCGGCUUCCUAUUGGCUGAUGAUUUCCCAGGGGAAGUCCUCCCCUCUCUGAACGUCCUCCCUAUGCUGCCCCGCUCCUCAGGGAUGGCCCUGACCAAGAGAUGGCAGCGUAAUGCUUGGUUACCCAUGAUGCCAUCUGUCUACCAGAGCGGGUGCACAUGGAGCAACAUGGCAGCAGCUCCUGUGACUCAAUACGAGAACAUAAAUUUGCAAAAAUGAGAGCACACAUGUUCAGAUUCCCCAGCUGUGCUCCAUGAAAUGUGGACCAAUGUCACAUUGGGCUUACGAUUUUUGAAUGGCGGAGAAAUUGAUGCUCGUCACAUCGUCUCUCAGAACUCAGUGCCUAAGUCGACGUUCUAAUGUUUAGAAAUACCUAAAUUUAAACCACAUGUGGUUUGUGGUAAACCUGACCAUUAAGAUUCUAUAUUUUAUCUGCGAUGCCCCCGGUUUCCAGUUAGCACACCCUGACUGUUUAAAAAUGGCGUGGUUGUACAGUGUUUGUGCUCCCUACCUCGCUCCUCUUCCAGGCUCAUGUGGUUCAUAUUGCGGGCUGAUAUGUGCAAAGAUGAACUGAACUCUUUUUCUCAUAGUAGUCCUCAUGCCCGGCCAGGGAGUUGAUGAAGAGUGAUCUCUUUUUUGUUGUUGUUGUUUUUUACUUUAACAUAAGGCUUGAUUCACCUUACUGCGUCAACGAAUCUGAGUUUACCACAUUAGUUCUUGGCUUUAACAAAGCUGACACUCCUCCGCUCUCCUGGCCCAGGCUUUGGUACCACUGGUUUUUGCUUUUUCUUUUUUAAUAGCACUACUGUUGGAUUAUAACUGUUAUUUUUUAUUAUCUCUAACCGUUACAUGUUUUUUUGGACAUGUAGUGUUGCUGUAAUGUCUGGAAUGGAGAUGAGUUCUGUGCACAAACAAACCUGUAGUGCUGUCAGAUUAGAUAUCUGCAUAUAGAGUUUGGUCUCACUUCUCUUACCUAGGAUUCUGUUCUUACAUUUUUUUUUUCAGGCUAAGUUUGUUUAAACACACUGUGAGUGCACAUACACACACGCGAUUGCACAUGCGGUCAUUCUUUAGUUGACCUGUCAAUGUGGAAACACGCCCCUGCACUUAGAGUAUGUUGGUAUUGACAAGUUUGACAGGGUACUUUUGCAAGCGGUUUUGUUCAGUUUGUUAAUACUUGGAUUGUCAUACCCCCUCUCUCUCUCUCUCACACACACACACACACACCUCACUUCUCAUAGAAGACACAUGUUUGUAUUUUCUACUCACCUCAUACUCACAUAGAGUUAACUCCAUAGUAAAGUUGUGAAAACAUGAACCAGUUUACAUCACAUGAAGCUUUAAUAACCAACUUGUACAGGUGAAUCAUCUGUAUGUAAUGAACCUCAUUUGUCAUACAUGGCUACGGCGUCAGCUGCCUGGUGGUGGGACUGGAGAGCUGCGAUCUGUUAGGAGCGGGGUUGGAACAAGCCCGUCUCUCUAAUGCGAUCUCUGUCUCGUACCAUCACUGUGUUGGUUUUUUUUUUUUUUAAGUUACUGGAAGUGCACUGACCCAAUAAACAUUACCAUUUUGACA